GAACCAGGAGAGACCAGACUCACCUGUAACUGGAGUUUCCUUCAGGAGUGAUCGAUCUAUGAGUGAACCCAUAGCAUUUAAAGAUGGACACCACCCUGACCAGCAAAUUUCUGGUCCAGAACCUCCCCUGACUUCCCAGAAACGUCUGAAUUCCAUUUUCAGGGAGCUGGAGGAGGAGCAGAAACAGGAGCUGAACAGGCUCAAGAAACUACUGGAUCCAGAAUCUUCAGGAGACUCAGAGAACCUGAGAGAGGAUGCUGGAGAAGAAGAGCAGAGAAGCAGCGACAGAGAUGCAGUCAUAAAUAUCGCAGUGAGCUUCUUGAGGAGAAGGAACCACGAGCAGCUGGCCAACAUUCUGCAGAGGAAAACUCGUGUUCCAGUUUGUCAAGGUAAAUUGAAGUCCAGCCUGAAGAGGAAGUUUCAGUGUGUGUUUGAGGGAAUAGCCCGAGCAGGAAACCCAACGCUUCUCAGUCAGAUCUACACAGAGCUCUACAUCACUGAGGGUGAGAGUAAAGAAGUCAAUGAUCAACAUGAGGUCCGACAGAUAGAAGCAGCCUCUGGGAAACAUGCAAGAUCAGCAACCACAGUCAAAUGUGAAGAUUUAUUUAAACCUUUACCUGGAAGGAAUGAGCCAGUCAGGACAGUGAUGACAAAGGGAGUAGCUGGAAUUGGUAAAUCAGUCUUAACACAGAAGUUCACUCUGGACUGGGCUGAAGACAAAUCCAACAACAACAUACAGCUUAUCUUCCCAUUCACGUUCAGAGAGCUCAGUUUAUUGAAAAAAAAAAAGUUCAACUUGGUGGAACUUGUUCAUCACUUUUUUACUGAUCUCAAGGAACCAGGGAUAUGCAGUUUAGAAAAGUUUGAGGUUGUGUUCAUCUUUGAUGGUCUGGAUGAGUGUCGACUUUCUCUGGACUUCCACAACACUGAGAUCCUGACUGAUGUUACAGAGUCCACCUCAGUUGAUGUGCUGCUGACAAACCUCAUCAGGGGGAAACUGCUUCCAUCUGCUCACCUCUGGAUAACCACACGACCUGCAGCAGCCAAUAGGAUUCCUCCUGAGUGUGUUGACAUGGUGACAGAGGUCGCAGGGUUCACCCACCAACAGAAGGAGAAGUACUUCAGGAAGAGAUUCACAGAUGAGAAGCAGGCCAGCAGGAUCAUCUCCCACAUUGGGACAUCACGAUACCUCCACAGCAUGUGCCACAUCCCAGUCUUCUGCUGGAUCACUGCUACAGUUCUGGAUCACACCCUGACGACCAAAGACAAAUCAGAGCUGCCCAAGACCCUGACUGAGAUGUACAUCCACUUCCUGGUGGUGCAGACCAAACUGAGUAAUGUAAAGUACCACAAAGAAGCUGAAAGAGAUAAAGUCUGGAACAAAAACACCAAGAAGACCAUUCUUGCUUUGGGGAAACUGGCUUUUAAGCAUCUGUAUAAAAGAAACUUGAUCUUCUAUGAAGGAGACCUGAAAGACUGUGACAUUAACAUAACGUCUGCCUCAGUCUACUCAGGACUGUUCACAGAGAUCUUCAAAGAAGAGAGUGGGAUAACCCAGGAGAAGGUCUUUUCCUUUGUCCAUCAGAGCAUUCAAGAGUUUUUGGCUGCACUCUACGUCUUUGUGAUGAUCAUCAACACUGGUAAAGACAUGAUAAGAGGAAGGAAGCUUGCAUUACCAUUUGAAACUAAGCUAAAAAAACUCUACCAGAGGGCAGUGGAAAAUUCUCUACAGAGUCCCAAUGGACACCUGGACUUAUUUGUCCGCUUCCUCCUGGGCCUUUCACUGGAUACUAAUCAGACUCUCCUACGAGGUCUGCUGACAAAGACAGCAAGUAAACCACAGGUCAAAGAAAUACUGGUGCAGUAUAUCAAGAAGAUAAUCAAGGAAAAUCCCCCUCCAGAGAGAAGCAUUAAUCUGUUUCACUGCCUGAAUGAACUGAAUGAUCAUACUUUAGAGGAGGAGAUCCAACAGAGUCUGAGAUCAGGAAGUUUCUUUGAAAACAAACCAACUCCCUCUCAGUGGUCAGCACUCAGCUUCAUCUUACUGUCAUCACAAAAAGAUUUGGAUGUGUUUGACAUGAACAAAUUCCCAGCUUCAAAUGAAUUACUUCAGUGGCUGCUGCCAGCAGUUAAAGGAUACAAAACGUGUCUGCUCAGUGACUGCAACCUCUCAUGGAGUAGCUGUGAAGUUCUAGUCCCAGUUUUAACCUCCAAGAACUCAAGUCUGAUAGAGUUGGACCUGAGCAACAAUGACCUGCAAAAUGAGGGAGUAAAGCUGCUCUCAGAUGGACUCCAGAGUCCAGAGUGUAAACUGGAGAUUCUCAGGUUGUCAGGCUGUUUGAUCACAGAGGAAGGCUGUAAUUUUCUGGCCUCUGCUCUGACUUCAAAUCCUUCCUAUCUGAGAGAACUGGACCUGAGCUACAAUCCUCUAGAAGAAUCUGAUCUGAUGCAAUUGUCUGUUAAACUGCAGGACCCAAACUGGAAACUGGAAAUUCUCAAUACUGAUCAUUGUGGAAAUAUCAGAUUGAGACCAUCCCUCUUCAAGUACUUCUCUGAACUAGAACUGGACCCAAACACAGCACACAGAAACCUCUUACUGUCUGAAAACAACAAAGAAGUGAAGGUGGUGAAAGAGAAGCAGCCGUAUCCUGAUCAUCAAGAGAGAUUUGACGAAUGGAAGCAGCUGCUGUGCACUGAAGGUCUGACUGGACGUUGUUACUGGGAGGUCCAGUGGAGAGGAAGGGUUUGGAUAGGAGUGACAUACAAAGGCAUCAGAAAGAAGGGAACUAGAGACAACUGCUGUAUUGGAUGGAAUGAUCAGUCCUGGUGUGUGUCCUGCACACCUCAGGGUUUCACUGCCUGGCACAAUAAGACAUCAACAGUCAUUAACACACCCCUACACACUGACUCCAACCGGGUAGCAGUGUAUCUGGACUGGAAGGCUGGAACUCUGUCCUUCUACUCUCUCCCCUCCAGAAGCUCCUCCAAUAGACGGAUCCACCUCCACACCUUCCACUCCACAUUCACCCAACUCCUCUACCCUGCUGUUGGUUUUGGACAAAGACAUGAGGAUGGUACAGAGUCUUCAGUUACUCUGACUCUGAUUUAAGAAAGAAUGUUACCUCCUUGUCUCACAGGACACUGAGAUCAGCAUAUCUGAGCUGUAAUAGACUUGAAACUUUUAAAGACAAAUCUCAGCUUCACCUCUUCAACAGAGCCCACAACACAACAAGAAGCAGAGUUCAAUAUUUAUCUGCAUAUUUGCACUCUUGAAGAUUUGAUACUCGCCUAAUUUAUUAUGCUAUAUAUAUAAUAAUCUAUAUUUUUCUUUGUCAUCCUGUUGAAAAAAAUAAAAAUCAGCCUUUGUCUGUUGUCUGUUGUAGUUACGAUGCAUGGGGAAAGACAUUGGUUGCGAAACCUCAAAGGCAAAAACUUUUACAGAGAAGAAGGCUGCACAUCAACAAUUCGUUGGUGAAUUUCAUAGAAAAGACUUCAGAGUUAAACAACUUUGUUCUUUUUGUUUUUCUUCCUAGCAACAUUAUCCUAUCAUAUAACAAGCUGUGAAUUACUAUUAGUACUGUUCUUGAUUUACAUAGCCUAUACAUGUGUUAUAUGUAUAUCAGUAUUGAUAAACUUGUGUGUUUAUGUUCAGUUUUGUUGACACUGACCUUGUUGCUGUGGUUGAAGAGUGUGAGGUUUUUUUGUCCUUGAUGUCAGUUAAUGCACCAUGCCAGACAAUAGUUACAGUAGAGUGGAGAGUUUGCCGAGUGAGAUCCGCAUAUCAGCGUCAAACUGACAGUGUUUAUAGCGUUGACAUAGGCGAUGGCCGACAAUAACGGCAAUUAGUGGCACCAGUAUCUGGUUCUUACAGAAACAAGUCAAGCACGUUUCUUAGGGGUUUUACCCACAGAGUUUCCUACUUACACCUCAACUUCCCACCAGUCUUCCAGAACUGAAGAAGCUACUCGAAUCCGAACUCGCCUGUUGAAUUACCAUGACCUGGAUGACUGAGAACCUUUACAGUCAGAAUCUUCAAUAAACUUGCAGAAAAACCUCCUUAGUUUCCUUUGUGUGAGACACUACAAAAUGUAUUUGGUUCGAUUUUCACCACAUAUUACUUCAUGUUGACCUUUUCUCCAAAAGAUCUCAAAGGACGACAGGUUAAAAACAAAGUAA